GCUCCCUGAGAAGCCUCCCCAGCUCUGAGCUCACCACCACCACCCACCUGGCCCUGGACAGCUCCGUCACCAUGUGGCUCCUGGUCCUGGUCCUUGCCUUCUCCCUGGUGCAGACUGGUGCAGUGCCUCCAAUCCAGUCCCGGAUCAUCGGAGGCUGGGACUGUCAGAAGAAUUCCCAACCCUGGCAGGUGGCCCUGUACCACUUCAGCAACUUUCAGUGUGGGGGUACCCUGGUGCACCCCCGGUGGGUUCUCACGGCUGCCCACUGCUCAAGCGACAAUUACCAGCUCUGGCUGGGUCGUAAUGACCUGUUUGAGGAUGAAGACACAGCCCAGUUUGCUCAGGUCAGCAACAGCUUCCCACACCCUCAGUUCAAUAUGAGCCUCCUGAUCAACCACACCGCCCAGCCCGGGGACGACUACAGCCACGACAUCAUGCUGCUCCGCCUGACGGAGCCUGUCCAGAUCACGGACGCGGUCAAGGUCAUGGAGCUGCCCACCCAGGAGCCCACAGUGGGGAGCACCUGCUACGCCUCUGGCUGGGGCAGCAUUAGGCCAUUCCAGUUCCUGUAUCCAGACCACCUCCAGUGUGUAGAUCUCCAGCUCCUGAGUAAUGAUUACUGCGUCCGUGCCUACCCUCAGAAUAUCACCAACUACAUGUUGUGUGCCGGGAAGCUGGAGGGUGGCAAAGACACCUGCGUGGGUGACUCCGGGGGACCCCUGAUCUGUGACGGGGUAUUUCAAGGUGUCACAUCGUGGGGCCAAGUGCCCUGUGGCGCCCCACAACAUCCCAGCGUCUACUGCAGAGUGAUCGACUACGUGGAUUGGAUAAAGGAAACCAUUGCGGCCAACCCCUGAGUGUCCCCCUCGACCCGCCCCUUUGCCCCCCUCCAAUAAAAUCGAAUCUGCAUCAAA